UGUUAAUUCAUAACCCCUUUCAUUUCCUCCAUCAACCAUCAUCACCCAGCACCAUUCUCUCACUCUUCAUUCCAUGGAAGGAAGUUAUAAUCAACCCCUCCAUAUACCACAACAAAACAGAAGGAACAGGCUUAGAGUCACCAUUGGAACCAACCAAGAAGAAGAGCAAGCCUCACAAGCUCCACUUCUCCAACUGAACCAACCGGCAUUGCUUUGUCCUUCUUCUUCUCAACCAACUUUCAUGCACACUUUCCCACAAUCUUUGUGCUCAAGCACAAUGCAAAACCCGAGAGAUGUUAACUACCAGUUCUUUGACGACCAGGGUUUAUCUUUGUCUCUAUCUUUUCAACACCAGGAUAACAUGAAUCUCCCUUUGAACUUGGAUGCACAAAAGAGCAAUGAGAAUUCAAUCUUGGGAGGUUUCCUGAAGCAGAAUUGUCAAAUGAGAAGUUCUGUUCCACUUGGUCCAUUCACUGGCUAUGCAUAUGUGUUGAAGAGUUCAAGGUUUUUGACGCCUGCACAGCAGAUUUUAGAUGAUUUUUGUGGAGUUGAUUAUAGAGUUUUAGACUUUCCAUUGGAGAGCUUAGGUGAUGGUGACGUUGGUAAGGAUCCAAUUACGUGCAGUGAUAAAAUUCAGCAUCGUUGGAAGAACUCAAGGCUCGUUCUGAUGCUGGAUGAGGUAUACAGGAAAUACAAGCUGUACUGCCAGCAAAUGCAAUCAGUUGUUGCAUCAUUCAAAUGUGUUUCCGGCCUUGGGAAUGCAGCUCCAUAUGUAUGUUUUGCUUUCAAAGCCAUUGCAAAGCAUUUUAGUUGCUUGAAGAGUGCCAUCCUGAACCAAAUUCGGUUCACAGACAAAACUGCUGAUAAUGCUGUUGUGGGUAAAGAUAAUAAUGUUCCAAGCCUUUGGACAUCUGAUCAAGGGAUUAGUAACCAAAAUCCUGUUCAGAACGUGACCUUUCUUCAGCAUCCUCUUUGGCGAUCUCAAAGAGGACUUCCGGAUCAAGCAGUUGCUGUGCUCAAGACAUGGCUAUUUGAACACUUCCUGCACCCUUAUCCUACGGAUUCAGAAAAGCUAAUGUUAGCUCGACAAACAGGUCUAUCCAGGACUCAGGUUUCCAAUUGGUUUAUCAAUGCAAGAGUAAGACUCUGGAAGCCAAUGGUGGAAGAGAUACACAUGCUUGAAUUAAGGCAAUCUCAGAAACCAUCAUCGGAAGCUACAAACCAAGAUGCUAAACUGCCAUCUGAGCUCCUCGUAGACAAAUUGCCACAUUUCAUUGCAAGCCAAGAAGUUGAGAAUAUCCAAAAUAAACGCCCAAGAAACAACAUCUUCUACCCAGAUGAGCAAAGCAAGCUGCAGAAGAGUGCAUUAGCUUACACCAGUCUGCCAAGCAAUCACCAUCUCGGAGUUGGCACCAGCAAUUUCUGUCUAGCAUUGAGUCUCAAUCAGGACAACAAUGGGAUUGACUUUUCAACACCGCCAAUGCCGAUGAACUUAUGUCACAAUUUCAACUUCAAAACUGAUGGUGAGCUGAGCUUGAAAGCUGGUUUUGAUGUUGAAAGACAGCACCAUGGGAAGAAUUUUUGAUAGGCAAAACACAGAGUUUUGUUCAUAUGUUGUUUAUUUCUUGUAUCUUGCUUAGAAAGUUUGGUACUUUACAAUAUAAUUGGAACUUCGAAGUC